UCCCUCUUAAUGGGCUAUUUCGUACAUAGUACAGAUAACCCCGCGAUAAUUACUCCUCGGCUGUGCAGAGGCAGACGCGUAAUUGUCUCUCUAGCAAACAUAUCUGUAGCCGUAGUCGUUCGCAGCAUUGUGGCCACUGUCUCACCUGCUCACCCCUCACUCAGUCAGUCAGUCCUAAGCCCACGUUUGCGCGGCCCAUGUGCGGCGAGUCUUUGUCGCAAAGGAUACUUUGCUGAAGAGCCUGACGUCACUAGCCCAAAUCGCCUGUUGCUUUCGCCAUGUUCUCGCAGAAGAAACCAUACUCAGCCGUUACGGUCACAAUCGAGCGGCUUACAAGUGAAACUUUCGAGGAAGAUGAUCUCAGCGGAAUCCCUGAUCUCGUUGAGGUCAUUAAGCUUCAAGCAUCUGGCCCUGCCGAAGCUGCACGAGCUCUCCGCAAGAAGCUGAAAUAUGGCAGUGUUCAUCGCCAGAUAAGAGCACUGGUGCUUUUGGAUGGGCUGAUCCAGAACGCUGGUCCUCGGUUCCAGCGUACAUUCGUUGAUGAGCCCCUUCUGGAACGCUUGCGAGUCUGCGGUACUUCUGGCUUGUCCGACCCUGAUGUGCGAAAGAAGUGCUCUGAGCUGUUUCGAAGCUGGGCAGCUGAAUAUCAGAACACACCGGGCUUGGAGCGUGUUGCUCGGCUAUACAAGGAACUUCCUCGCCGGAAGCAAGUGGUCACUCAAGAUAAGUCUAGAGUGCUUCGUGAGACAGAGCAGGACCCUUUCCGUGAUUCGGAAGAUGAGGCAGAGCAGAAUAAACCCUCUCCACCUGCACAAGCUUCAUCUCAGGCUUCAUCUUCCCGACCACCAGUGUCAUAUCCACAGCCAACGCAAACUAUUCAAUCGUAUAGCCAUACGAGAUCGGCAUCUGGAGGCGGAUCCCUCUUCUCGAGUUCCUCUAAAGAUAAGAAGAAGAAGGACAAGAACAAAAAGUCCAAACCUUUCAAAUUAGAAGCUGAGAAGGAGUCUAUGAAGGCUGCGAUAGCGGAAUCCUCUAUCGCAGCUACAAACCUCAACAACGCUUUGCAAAGCAUCAACAGGGAGAGGGAACGGAUAUCUGAGAAUGCCGUGGCUGUCUCGCGUUUUGAGAUAUGCAAGAAACUGAGAAGAAAAAUCUUACGUUAUAUCCAUUAUGUCGAAGAUGAGCAAUGGCUCGGCGGCCUGUUGCACGCCAACGACGAGCUCGUUGUAGCUUUGAUGACAUUCGAGCAAUUGGACCGUUCAAUAGAUGCCGAUAGUGACUCUGAAGACGAACUAGCCGAGCAAGCACAUCUUUACCGCAUGGCCACCGAGAAGCAUAAGCAGCCAAUGUCACCGACUGAGCCUGCUUCUCCCUCAAGUCCCGUUGCGGACAUGGCUGGGCUGAGUCUCAAUCCUCACAGCUCGCCUCGUCGCUCAGCGCCCCCGCGGCCUUCGCCUCCUGCUAAACUUCCAACGCCUCCUCCUCGCCCCCUGUCUCCGCCCUCACGUCAAGCCGAGUCUGAUGAGGAUUCAGAAGAGGAUGAGAAUGACCCAUUUGCUGACCGCAACGCUGUUGUUGACACGCCCAUGGUGGAAAGAGGAGAGCCUAGGUGGUAAAUUUCUUAGAAUAGAGCGCUUCUUAAGCGCAAUGCUUAAUUGAUGGUUGGGGCGUGCCUUAUCACAUUAUCUGUUACAUGGAUCUCUUCACAGCUCUGUGGUCUUUUAGGUCAUCAACCUAAGAUUGAGCUUUGCAAUAGUAUGGAGACAAUUAGUGUCGAACUACAUUUUGAAGUCUCUUUAUUGAAUUUAAACCAUAUUACUAACCAUAUAACCGAU